ACCAUCGUGCGCAACCCGUCGGGGGGCCCGCAGAACGACGACCUGAACCGGGACCGGCUGGAGAGAUCCCGGAAUAUUCGCCGCUGGAAGAACGGCAUACCUUUACCGCGGACGCAGCACGACAACCCGCUGUACCAGGCGCUGGGCGAGCAGUUCGAGCGCGACCGGCUGCUGACCAGCAGCUCGUACUUCGAACCGCACCUGGUGAAUUGGGACGUCGCGCAGCCGUGGUCGGACCCCUUCCCGGGGACGGUGGGGGUCUACAUGGACCGGUUUCUGGCGCGCGAAGACCUGUACCUGUUCUGUCAGACCUGGAGCAGCUUUCUUUCUUCGCUGCAGUACCGCUUGCUGAAGCUGAAGUCCAAGUUCACGUACUUCAGAUUCGCGUGCGUGCUCGUUUUCUUGGUCUGGUGUGCGCUGGUGCGGUACACCGAAAAGCGCCAGACCUACGACCUUUCCCGGGCGAAGCUGGAGUACAAGUCUCUGCUGAAAUUGGGGGCGCUCCACAAGGACGACCGGAAAAUGUUGGUGCGCGGGGGGUCGGACGAGUUCGCGAGACUCACGGGAAUGCUCUACCGGCGGCCGAAAUUGUUUUACGGCGACUGCAGGGCUUUGUUCACGAAGGGCUGUGAGAAUAUUUUCAGUCCCGCGUCUCGUACGAAGAAGCGCCGUCGGAGGUGGAAUGAUCCCAGGAGAAGGCACAGGAGGAGAUCUUCCUCGCGUGAGCACGACGCGAGUCGACGACGGCACCGCAGUGAUCGAAACUGCAAGCGCAAACGGCACAAGCGAAAGAAGAAUCGACUGAGGAGGCAGCAUCAUCGCAUGCUCGGGAAGGAGCUUCGUGUCAACCAUCGAGCGCAGCCGCGGGCGGUUCUUCUAUCCCCCUGCGCAAAGCAGAGUAAAGUUUCUGAUGCGGAAUGCCUCCGGGUUAUUGUCCCGAGCGGCCGAACGAGGAGCUCUCACCGGCGAGCGGAUCAGGGGCAGCGGGAGCGGAAGGCGGUUCAGGCUCAGCAGGUCAUGCAUGAAAAUGCGGAUGAGAUUCUGUCCAGCAGCAGUAGAGACGAGGAGGAAGCAGAAGUAGGUCCAUCAGAACAAGAAAGGGUUCUUGCUGGGUCUGAUUCGGAGGCGGCGGAGUUUUUGGCACAAGAUGAACUCGGGGACGAGGACCAUUCCGUUGUUAGCCCAGUAAAUGAUUCAUCGUCCUCCAGCAGGAAUCAUCCGCAGGAGGGCCCGCCGGGAGGGGUUCCCACUACGCCCUCGCCAUACCGAAACUGGAAUAACUUUGGAACCGCGUUUGGAGAUGGCUAUCGUUCGCCGUUCGCACAAGCUCCUGCAGAAUCCAGCAACCAGACGAGCAAUCCAUCUGAUGGCAGCAGAAUGGUCUCUCACCACCGCGGAACUACUUAUACGCCGGAACAAAGUUCUUGAGUCGAUCUUUGAUUUUUCAUUUGCCACAUUUCUGAAGAAGAGGCCAUGAAAAUAAAAUCAUACGUGAAUCGCAACGUUGAAGAUUUCCCCACAUAGUAAGUGGCCAUCAUGUUUUUAUUUUCUGUAUGCACAGCACUUGUACACGUGAUUUUAAGUUUGCAACUCAAGAUCGUUUUUCGGCGCCAUAUCUUACACCUCGCAGUAAUCAGCUACUGGACCAGCGCGGGAGACCGCCGGGUCACCGGCUUGCGACGAGUUUUCGGGGAAGCGGUAUUGUGAUUCGACCGCUUCACUCUGGAGAAAACGGCACCGGUAGUUCUCCGCGGACUCCGCCCUCCGACCUGCGCAAGAACUCCUCGACGCCGAGUCCCGGUUCGAGGUCGCAGCGAGGGUUUCCUGUGCUACCGCCACCCCUGCCGGAAGUAGAUUGCCUGCAGCCACACGGCGCGCCACCGCGGGGCCGGUCGUUGUCACCCGUGCGAGGCAUUCAUCACCCAACAGCCGACGUAAAAUCUAGCGAGGAGAUUCACAUUGCUUCCCCGUCCUCACGCGCAGAGGCGCAAAAAUCGCCAGUUGUGGCGCAGGAAUCUGCCGAACGCGAACCAAGGUCUGUGUCUAGGUCGGAGCCCCUCUCCAAAGAGGUCUUGUCUUCCUAGAAUGUUGCCGUGCCCUGUUCUUUCCCCUCCUGGUUUCUGACGAUAUGAGCGUCAACACCUCGAAGUACCACAUGCGGCUACGCGGAUUGAUCUUGAUCCGAGUCCGAAAUUCACCUGUGCUAGCGAAAAUGUGAGAAUCUGUCAUUCUCGAAAGACAAUGCCAUUAGCUCACAUGUUCGCGGGCAUUCACAUCAGAAGAGCACAUCAUCUGAUUUUCCAUCGGUCCACCGUGUGGACGAGCGGCGGGCUAUUCCAUGAAGAAAGCUGAUGAAAAAUAUUAAUAUGGACGUAGUCAGAAGAUUUUGAUGAGUAUUGCGCUCUGCUGGAUCGAACUGAAAGUGGUAGAGUCUACUUUUGACCGCCAGCGCAAAAAUCAUUGAGACCGAAAAUCACUGCACUUUUUCCACACCGGAAAUCUUGGCCAUUGGUCGACUGUUGCAACAAUACUGCUGCAGAAGUGACAAAAGCUAU